UUCUGUCAAUCGACUUGUUUGACGCAGAAGAAGAAACAGACAGUUCAUUGAUUUCAUUCUUUAAAAUGAACAAUGUUAACUGGGCAGCUCCAUUGAAGUGCAGGCUGAGAGGGGAUGCAGCAGUCGGCCAAGGUGUCAACCGACACGUUUUGUCAAUGGCCAUGCAGAAACUGAAGACCGGCUUCAGUAUACAUUUAGGCUGUGCAGCUCUUACAAGCCUUUUUGAAGGCGAAAUGGAACAUCGGGUUCCCUCCGCAGCUGCUGUGCUUCGGGAAAGCAACCUGUUUGAGAUGGCAGGUCGGAUGAUAGGCCAUUCCUUCCUGCAUGGUGGUUUUGGUUUCUCAGGACUAAGUGUGCCUGUAGUGACUCUGUUGACUGGUGGGAGCACGGAUACUGCAGCAUCAGCGCUUACCCUGCUGGACUGUCCUGAUCUUGACCACCGUGAAACAAUUGGUUUUCUCAAGAAUACACAACUUACUGCUCAAGAAACCACCAGUGUGACUGAUCUUUGCCUGUCCUGGGACCUCCCUGUUCCAACCUCCACCAAUCAUGACUGGCUGUUCCAGGAACUUCUUUCCCAUGCAGUACUUCACCGUGUUAGGCAGCCUAUCAAGCAGAUUCGCAAAGGCCUUAAAGAAACGGGAAUCUGGCCGCUUGUUUCAAAUAGGCCAGAUGUCCACCCCAUAUUAUUUCCAAGAGAGAAAAAUGAUGAGCUGAACUCACAGACUGUGAUCCAGAACAUCCACUGGCCACAGCCCAAAAGUGACAGCGAUGAGGACGAGGACGACGCCGUUCCAUUGGAGAAAGUCGGUCUCGUCACUGGAUUUUUGAGGCAAUUCAUAGAGGAAGCAUCUCCGAAGGUGCUGCGUGACCUCUUGAAGUUCUGGGUCGGGUGGGAGCUGCUCACAACAAACCUUGAAGUUGAGGUUGUUACUUCAAAAUACCCAGUGGCUCUCACCUGCUUCCUAAAAUUGAAGCUCCCAAGCCACUACCAAACUUAUGAGAAGUUCCACCAGGACUUGAUGAUGGCCCUCAGUUCCAUCAGUUCAGGCUUUGGGCUUGUGUAGCUACACACUGACUCUCAGUUUGUUUUGUAUUUUUC